GACACGGGAUUUUGUUUUCUAAGACAAAAAGAGACGAUAAUAAUGGCGUUGGCCGGUGUUGUCGGUGUAAAUCCUCGCGAAAAUUUCACAUUCAGGAAGGAACCUGAAGUUCCUCUGGACGUCCAAGGCCUCACAGGAAAUCUCCAAGAUGGCUUGCAGCUUGCUCUUCCUCCUUUUGCCAACCCGGCUGAAAAUUUGGCCCAGUUUGGCACCGAUGAGCACGGAAAGGGAAUCAAAAUUCGCUUCGACCACGGCACAACCACUUUAGGUUUCAAAUACCAAGGAGGCGUCGUCCUUGCUGUUGACUCCAGGGCAACCGGAGGAAACUUUAUUGGAUCCCAGAGCAUGAAGAAGAUCGUUGAGAUCAAUGACUAUCUCUUGGGAACUUUGGCUGGCGGUGCCGCCGACUGUGUCUACUGGGACCGAGUAUUAGCAAAGCAGUGCCGAUUGUAUGAGCUUCGCAAUGGUGAACGUAUUUCCGUUGCUGCUGCUUCAAAGUUGAUGGCCAAUAUGGUGUACAACUACAAGGGCAUGGGCCUUUCAAUGGGCAUGAUGAUUUGUGGAUGGGACAAGAAAGGGCCUGGACUGUACUACGUUGACUCGGAGGGAACAAGGACGGAGGGAAAGGUUUUCUCCGUUGGAUCAGGCUCUAUCUACGCUUUUGGUGUCUUGGAUAGUGGCUACCGUUGGGAGUUGUCCAAUGAAGAGGCUUACGAGCUGGGGAGGAGGUCCAUUUACCAUGCCACACACAGAGAUGCUUACAGCGGUGGCAUUGUCAGAGUGUAUCACAUGACUGAGCAAGGCUGGAGGCACAUUUCUGAUGAGGACUGCAAAGACCUCCACUACAAGUACGCUGAAGAGAAGAAGCAGUAAUGUGAUUUUCACAUGUGUUUGUAUUGAAAUAAUUAUUAAAUAAAACAUUCAUGAUCCUUAA